AUGGCACAGCAAAAGUUUUUCUCGGGCCUAACCGAGGGUAUGAUUAAUCGAGCCUCCGGUGAGCGUCCCGAUCGACAGAAGACACACUUCUACUGGCCGGAUGAGUACGCACCGGAACCGGCACCGUCCACCUCGAUCAACAGCCGCCGUUCGUCAUCGACCUCGACGACCGCUUCCAGCUCACAGCUGGCCCCAUCCAUCACCACAACAGAUCACCGACGUCCGGAACAACACUCAACCUGGGAACCCGUAUCCCGCGACCGCCAUCCCAAACAUGCCGAAUCGCACAUUCAGUUUUACGACGGCGUUGGUUCAUCGUUCGGCGAACUCGAACGCACCAAGGCACACGAGCGGUUCCGGAUCGAGCAGUUUCUGCGACAACAGUCGGAGGAGGAAACAGGCGAAGCGGCCCGUGCCAAACGGCUCAGCACGCUCCAGUCCAAGAUCGAAUUCUACGACUACUGUACGCCUUCACCGGCCGUAAAUGGUGCUGUUCGACGAAAUCCGGCCCAUGCCGGGCGGUCACGAACAGAGAACAACGGGUACGGCAGCGAGCACGAUCGUAAUGGGGACACUACCGAGCACGAUCCCGGCGAGGAUGAGCUUGAUUUUGACGAUCGUAGUAGCUACCGUUCGAGCAUCUGCUCGUCAACACGCACAACCCCGACCAGUGGCCAUCGCCACUAUACAACCGGGACGGAGCUGCCCGAGCACAAGCGCAACUCCCAGCGACAUCUAAGGUCCAGCAUUAACUUCCACAACGGGUGUGCGGUGGCGGACGACAGUGACGACCCGCAAAAACCGAUCACCGUGCGCGAAUCGGCCACCACGCGUGUUGGCGUUGGUUUACCGAACCUGUAA